ACAAUUGGCAGUCGUUUAGAAGCAUCUGGAAGAGUCGGUUGACAAGAAGCGUGCGUGCGAGUGGAUUUACGAGGUCUUCGGAGUAUAAUACAUGUGUAUAACUGUUGUGUGUGAAAUAAAGUGAAUUAUUUGAAUUUCCGAAUCCCUCCUAUAUCUUUACAAUAUAUUAUUGCAUCAAUUGAAGCAAGAUGAAGUUUGCAGAACAUCUGUCUGCUCACAUUACGCCUGAAUGGCGUAAGCAAUACAUAAGCUAUGAGGAAAUGAAGGCAAUGCUCUAUACUGCUGUAGAAGAAGCACCGUCAGCUGAAAGUGUUGUUCUUGAUAUUUCGAUCGCACCGAUAGAAAGUUCUGAUCAAACGCAAAUUUUGCGUAUGAUGGGUGAAGAAGAAAAUGGUGUACUCAAUAGAGGUAAACGUAAAGUUGGUGGUAAACGACAAGCUACUAGUAAAGAAGACAAACGGGCAUUGCUGAAAGAAGAAACAGUUGAUAUAGAUAUAUCAAAUGCCAGUUAAAAAUAGUUCAAUUGUUUUAUUAUCAGAACCUACGCAAAGCAAUAUUAUUCCAAAUUUAAUGUAAUUUUUAUAUAGGCAAUAGUUUGCCAGAAAGAGUGCAGGUCGUACUUUAUGAACAAUUAAUAUUUCCUUUGUGCAUCAAAAUUGAAGAUUGUGAGGCUGAACUGAACAAGUGCCUUGUAUAUAUCCUGUUUAUUAAACUAUGAAUUUAAUAACUUAGUGUAAAGAUAUAGAAGGGAUUCGGAAAUUCAAAUAGUUCACUUUAUUCAACACACAACAGUUAUACACAUAUGUUAUACUCUGAAGACCUCGUAAACCUACUCGCACGCUCGCUUGUUGUCAACCGACUCUUCCAGAUGCUUCUUAACGACUGCUUAUCGGAUUUACAUGAUUUGUCGAAUUACUUAAUAGAACCUUUAAACCUUAUUACUUUAUUUACAUUCCUCUUAGUUUACAUUCAUCCAUGACCUAAACCUUUCAAAUUUCUCUCUACACAGUGCCUUCGUAAAAAUAUCCGCAGUAUUUUCGCCUGUACUUACUUUAAUUAUAUUUAUCUUGUUUUGUUGUUGAAGAGUGUGCUAUAUUUCGCGUCCUUUAUUUGUUGAUAAUAUAUACGUUCCAAGCAAGGCGGUUGAAUACCCGGCAUCUCGCUGUGUCGGGCGACCCACUGCUGGACCAUGUCACGCAUCUCGAUUUCAUCAUUGUUUCCUACGUCGUCGAUUGUCUCUAUUUGGAAACAGCUGUGCACCCUCGGAUACAAAGUUGAAUAAAAGUGGCAGUUAAGCAGUACUAGGAUGAAGUCUGCCAAUACCUCACUGAUGUUAAGGAGUAACACGAUCCAGUUAUAGCUUACAGAGUCUGUAUUCUGUAAAAAGACGAUAGUUCGUAGUCAUUUAUCAAUUUGUCAUUUAUCAAUUUUGAUAAAUAACAAGAGAUGUAAAAGACAUGUAAACUGCGUAAAAUUCUCGGAAGAAUUAGAAAGAAGAUAUUAGUGUUAGAGAACAAAGAUAUAUCACGAUUAUUCUUAAAUAGAUUGAAAAAGGAGAAAAAGAAGAUUCAUUGGACAAUCAUAAACAAAAACAAAAAAUUAUAACAUACUAGAAGUAUAUUAUAAAUGAUGGUCUUUGCAAUUUGUAAUGGCAUACGGUACUUUCAUUUUAUUAAUGAUUGAUGUUACUUUAAUUACGAGGUCAUUAGCGACAAUUACAUUUGAUUAUUUACAUUAAUCUGGGUUAUUAAUCACCUUAGACUUUCUAUAAAUUUUGGCAUAUUAUGAACCUUUUUCGACUUUAAAUAUGGUAAUUAUCUUCAACAAGGAAUUUUAGUGCAUAUUAUAUUGUAAAAUAUAUAUUUACGAUUUAUAGAUAUAUAAUCUUUAUUAUCACUAGAAUAUAAAAUAUGGAAUAAUUUAUUGUAAUAAUUAAUAUAGAAUAAUUUUUAUUAUAUGGUAUAAUAAAAUUAUAUAUUUAUUACUCAAUAUGUUUACGUUUAUUAUAUAUUUUUCAACAGAUAAAUAAUAAAUAGUUUUAUUACACGUA